UUUCGUAUUCGGCAUUCAUUCGAAGGUCCCUUUACAGCACUAACCCGUUUAUCGAUUGUUUGACGUAAAAUUCACAUGUUUCCCUGGCAUUUGUAAAAAUUGCGUGUGCAUGUGUGUGCGGUUUGUGGAAGGUUGUGUGUUGUAUAUACUGGGUCAAAGAAUCAGGGCUGGAAAAGCGGGAAAGCCUAGUUUUUGUUGACGGCACUGUUUGUGAACCAGCUGUGGCGCAUGCGUUUGUGGGCCCUGCCAAGUGCAUUGAUCCUGCCAUCCUUAUUAGCGUCUGGCUACAAUUGUUAAGCAUACCGAUCCCUAUCUGGCAAUUGCAAGUCGACAUCAUCGGUUCUAAAAUCAGAUUUUGCUGCCGCGACUUGUGAAAAGACUCCGCAUUUAUGCGUAUCGGAAUUAAUAUCGUGCUUUCGGAAAGGAUGUUGUUAUCGGCGUUCUUUUGUGUGAUUCAUAUUACUUGUCGCCUUCUCAAUUGAAUUGCUGGGGUUAGAGUGGAUGAAUAUUGGCGUUAAUUAACACGGCACGUGUGUCCAAAUCACUAUAAGCCCUGGUCAGGGAUUGGAAAUUAUUGCAGCUCGGUGUGCUGGGUUUUAUGAAGUAUUGUUGAUUGGAAGUGAUGGCUACGGCCACUUCCGGUUAUCCGUCGCGUGACGCCGGUCCGGGCCUGCUGCAUCAUGGAGGGAACAGCGGCAGUACGACGACUGGCACAGGCGCCGCUGCUUCCACGUGCUCGUCCACGGCGCUGGGCUUUGCGAUGGCCAAUGGAUCUGAAGAUCACUGCAAUGUGGCCUUGGCUGGACUGUUUCAGCAGAUCAUGAAUGACAUGAAGGGGAGUACGUUCGUUUGGGAGGAUUUUUUGACGAAGUCUGGUCGACUACAUACGGCGCUCAAAUCGACACUUGUGGCUAGUUCGGCCUUUCUCGACGCGUUCCAGCGUGUGGCAGAUGUGGCUACUAAUGCACGAGGAGGAACGAAGGAAAUUGGCAAGUGUUUGACACGCAUGGUGCUUCGUCAGCGGAGCAUCGAAGCAAAGAUGAAAACAUUUACUAGUGCCUUGAUGGACUGUUUGGUCACUCCGCUGCAGGAAAAAAUGGAGGACUGGAAGAAAACGUGCUUGUACAUGGAUAAAGAGCACGCCAAAGAGUACAAAAAAUGGCGUCAGGAAAUCAAAAAGCGCAGCACCGACACAAUACGUCUGCAGAAGAAGGCCAAGAAAGGAAACGGCUCAAGUAAAGCCAUGGAAGCCUGGAAUGACUUGGUGGAAAUGAAGCGACAACUACAGGAGAAAGAGUUUGAGGCCGUCCGCCAAGCCAUGAUUGAGGAGCGCUCGCGUUUGUGUCUCUUUGUCUCCUGUCUGAAACCUUUUUUGGAUGAAGAGUUGAGUAUGCUGAGUGAAAUGGUCCAUUUGGAAGAGAUUACCGACUCACUGAUGCAGCAUUCCGCUGAUCCCUUCCAACUUCCGCCUGCCAGUCUGCAAGCCAUCCUAGAUGUCAAAGCCACGUGCUCGUCCACGGUUUCCACGACGGACAUCCUCUUACAGGACCAUUUGGCUAAUGAGACGUACUACAGUAGCAGCUGCAGUUCUGGAUCUAAUCAAUGGGGAAACUAUAUGAGCCCUCCAAAUUCUCCCUUACCAGAGGAGCCCGUGAGUUCGCGCAGCUCUAAUCAGGAUGACGGUAUUAGUUUUCGCGAGGCAGCUUCCACCCAUCACGCCGAUGCCUACUCGAGCCUGAGCGGUCGCCACGGGAGCAUCUGCAGUAUUAGCAAUGCCUCCACGUCCUCCUAUGCUUCCUCUGACGUCUCAUUGUCAUCGUAUGGCGGAAUUAAUCUCCAGGAUAAAACCCUCUGUCCGGCCCCCUCUGCCGCCAAAGCCUAUCGCCGCUGUUUCAGCGACAAUAACGGCCAUGAGCAGCAUUAUUACCCGUCUUCCAUUGCAUCAUCGAUUGUGGAAAAUGACAACGAUGUGGAGCUGGGAACAGGGGAAGGAAAAGGGGGAAUGGGUGCGGGUGUGGAAGUGAAUGGGCAGCGGCGAGGCACAAGACAGCGGAGGUCAUCGGUGUCGCGUUCGGAAGAUUUGCAUCCGGAUAAUCGACUGCAUCCGCUGAGUUUGGCGGUGCGGAAUGAGUACUACAGCUCCAUUCGGUUCAGCAGUAUUUCCAGUGGUGAUUCGGGAUUCAUCUCUCAUCCAGACCAAAAUCAUGGCAACCACGCCGAUGGCUCACAAGUAAAUGAUGCUCAGGAUUCUUUGUUAACCCCAACGAUGCAGAAUGGCUGCGGGAAGGGCGGCGAUAAGAGCACAUGGUCAUCACCGACUAGCAUCUCUUCGUCUGAUUCCGAUAAUGCGGCCGGUCUGCGUCGUCCGCCGGUGCCGCCAUUUGGGUCAGUGCUGCGCGAGCACCGUAUGGACGCGGUGGAUGCCGGUCGACCUCAUACCAUCGCUUAUAACGGGGGGAUGAAUCUGAUGGGAAGCCGCGGGGAGGACGCAGCGUCCUGUCGACAGGUGGCCAGAAAUCAUAAGCGACCUCCCUUGACGCAGGAAACCUUUGUGCCUCCGCCACCCGUGCCAACAGCGGGAUUUCCGUCCAUGGCGCAGAUUGUAUUGCCCAAAGAAUUUCGCCGAUCAUGUAAUCUCGACAACCAUCCGCAGCUGAAGGACGACACGGUGGUGUAUGCUAAUUCGGAUCUGCUGAACGAUACCUCUUGUCUGCCUCCACCGCCGGACUGCUGGAUUGGUCAGAAUGAUCUGAAACCUGGUGAUCUGUCGGUUGGUGAUAAGCGCCUGGACGAUGCCCAACAAGUGACGGUGUCCAUGACUAUUCGACGUGUGAAAGAUAAAGCAGAGUAUUUCGGUGAAGGCCCUCAAGCGGAAGUGAUGCGGAAGCAGAUGAUUCAGGAGCGCCAACUGCGCCGCCACAGUCAGCAAAUCUAUGGCGUACCGCAGUCGUUCAACCGACCUCCUCCGCCGCCCCUGCCCAUCCGUCGUACGCCUAGUCUGCACCAGUCGAUCUGUGAUACGGACGCCGAUGUUCCUCUCCAUGGGCCGGUGUACUCGACACCGCCAGUGAAAUCUCUGGACCAAUCUCGUCCCAAACCAACGGACAAUCACGCCACGAUGAUUAACGCCCUACAGGAACGCUUACGUCAGGGGGCUAAAGCGCCGGUUAAGCAACAGCCGCCGAACGGCGCUGUGCCACACUCCAAUGGCGCUGUUGUACGCACAACUAACGGACCGGCAAGUGUGGUGGCCCCGGUAGCGGGGGGUCCCCCCAGAGCGGCCGUGGCGGUGCAUGCCGGUGGUGAUGGCGGGCGAAAUGGGCUGUUUGAGCAGAUUCGCAACGGUGCAUUCUAUUUGCGGAAAGUCAAUCCGGAUCAGUGUCGUGAUCGUUCGUCGCCGUUUAUCCGCAAGUGACACCGGGGGAAGAGAAGAAUGGGACUACUGUUUGUGUGUUGUGUGCGGGUGGCGGUGUGCAGUGAAUGGGCCUGGAAACUGGAUUACGUAAGUGGUUCGCUUGUGCAUUGACCCCGGAGAUCUGCCAGCCGCGCGGUGCUUAUGGAAAUUUUUACUAAGAAUUAACAUGCCUAAUCGAUUUUUUGGGUUUUUGUGUGUAUACCAGCAACCUGAGAGUUUGAUUGACAGGUUGAAGAGAGAUGUUCUGGAUAUUUUUCGCUGGUUGUAGACUGUCGUCUGUUUUCAAGGGGUAAUGCAAUUUUUUUGCCGACGAUGAGGUUUGCUAAUCUGAUUUAUUGUUGAAGUUGCUUAUUACUUUCAUCGGAUUGCCGCGCGUUAUUGGCGCUCUGAUGUCGCUGUUUGGAAUGGAAAUUGGAUUGCUUUUUUUCUGGUGGAUUUUUUAGACAGUGGAAAUUUCGGUAGAUGACCUAUUAUAGAUGUGUACUUUGACCAAAUUUUUGCUUUUUGGAAUAAAAUUGCAGUGAUA